AAGCUACCGCCUAAAUCCAAAUAAACAAACCAAAAUCUCCCGCCAAAAUGCCACGAUUUACCCGAACAAAUCCCUCUGCACCCCCCUCAAAAUUCUCACAAAAAAAUGGUGAAACCAACACCAGUAAAAUGCUCAAACCCUAACCCUAAAAAAUCCUACCACAUAGGAGGAAUUCAAGUGGAAUUCCCAUACAAACCAUAUGGAACGCAGCUCGCAUUCAUGGGCAGAGUCAUUUCCACGCUCGAUCGAGCCCAAAGAGACGGCCAUUGUCACGCUUUACUCGAAUCCCCUACCGGUACUGGAAAAUCGCUCUCGCUUCUUUGUUCCACUCUCGCCUGGCAACAGAAUUACAAAUUAAAGAAUCAGUACGCUAAUCUCACUCACUCUACACCGAAUCCCGAGGCAAUCACCGAUCCUCUCGCUCACGGCGGUGGAUUUGUUCCAGAAUCAACGCCUUCAAGUACUGAACCUACAGCGGCUGUGGAGCUGGCUCAAAAGGUGGCAAGUAACAAAAAGAAAAAGGCUGUGCCAAAGAUAUACUAUGCUUCGAGGACACAUUCCCAAAUUUCCCAAGUGGUUAGCGAAUUUCGUAAAACUACGUAUAGGGUGCCAAUGGCAGUGUUGGCUUCAAGGAAACAUUACUGCACAAAUGUACAUGUAAAUAGGAAAGAGAAUAUUGAUGAAGAAUGUAAGCUGCUUUUGAAGGACAAGGAGGCUGGAUGCCUACAAUUCAAAAAUGCAAAUAAAGUCAGAGGUCAUCCUUCGCUUCAAAAAGGAGGUUGCCAUGAGGUGCAUGACAUCGAAGAUCUUGUUAAAGUUGGACAAGUUGUUAAAGGCUGUUCAUACUAUGCAGCUCGCUCUAUGGCAGAUGAUGCACAGUUGGUUUUCUGUCCGUACAAUUACAUAAUUAAUCCAGUCAUUCGAGGAGCAAUGGAAGUAGACAUUAUAGGAGCCAUUCUUGUUCUUGAUGAAGCCCACAACAUAGAAGACAUUGCUCGUGAUGCUGGUAGUGUGGAUGUUGAAGAAGAUGUCUUGCAAAAAUUGCAGACCGAAUUGCAGGAACUCUGUCCAGUUGAUCCCAUGAUUUACCAACCAUUAUAUGAAAUGGCACAGGACUUGUUAAGUUGGAUUGAACGGAGGAAAAAUAAGCUGGAGAAGCGUGAAUUUCAGCACUACUGCUCUUGUUGGGCUGGUGAUAAGGCUUUGAGGGAGUUCCAAGAAGCCAAUAUUUCACAGCAGUGCUUCCCAAUCUUGCUGGAUUGUGCUAAACAGGCUAUCAAAGCUGCAACAGAUACGGAAGCAGAGGGCUCUCAUUUAAGUGGCAUGUCGGUGGUAUUAUUGGAAGGGUUAUUCUCUUCACUCACUUAUUUCUUCUCAAGAAAUGGAUGUCAGGUAUCUGAUUUUCAGCUUGCUUUGCGGCGAUAUGUUAAAAGAGAUGGAAAAAAGGCUGGUGACUGGACUUGUACUUUAAGUUUGUGGUGCUUGAAUCCAGCUGUUGUGUUCAAAGACAUAGCUGAUCUUUCUUUGUCAGUCAUUUUAACAUCAGGGACUUUGUCACCAAUGAAUUCUUUCUCAUCUGAACUUGGGGUUCAGUUUGGAACUUGUCUGGAAGCUCCGCACGUAGUUGAUGUUGAAUCGCAGGUGUGUGUUUCUGUAAUAUCGACCAGUCCUGAUAAUUAUCCAUUGAAUGCGAGUUACAAAACAGCAGAUUGUUAUACCUUCCAGGAUGCCCUUGGCAAAUCAUUGGAGGAAAUCUGCAAGAUUGUUCCUGCAGGCUCUCUUGUGUUCUUCCCUAGCUAUAAACUGAUGGAAAAGCUGAGCAAUCGUUGGCGUGAAACAGGCCAAUGGUCGCGAUUAAAUGCAAGAAAGCCCCUCUUUGUUGAGCCCAGAGGAGGAAGCCAAGAGGAUUUUGACUCGAUUUUGAAGGGUUAUUAUGACUGCAUUCGUCGAGACAAAAGACCUGCUCUUGGGAGAAAGAGAAAGGUCAAAAAAGUGGAUGCCAAUCACUUAGAUGGAACUGAAUCAACUGACAAUUCUGAGAAAGGAGGAGCUGCAUUUCUUGCUGUUUGUCGAGGAAAGGUUUCAGAAGGAAUAGACUUUUCUGAUGAUUAUGCUCGGGUAGUUAUAGUAGUUGGCAUUCCAUUUCCAAACAUAAAUGAUAUUCAAGUUGGUUUGAAGAAGAAAUAUAAUGAUGCAUACAAAAUGUCCAAAAACCUUCUUGGUGGAAAUGAGUGGUACUGUCAACAAGCCUUUCGAGCUCUCAAUCAAGCUGUCGGACGCUGUAUACGGCAUAAGUUUGACUAUGGGUCCAUCAUCCUAUUAGAUGAGCGUUAUAAGGAAGAAAGGAAUAGAGUAUACAUCUCGAAAUGGCUAAGGAAAUCGAUUCAACAGCACAACAACUUUGACAUGUCUCUAGAAGUAUUGAGAUCCUUUUUCAGGAAUGCCAAGGAGAAGGUUGGCAAGAAUAUGGAAGAAUUCUUGCUGAAUUCAGAUGCUAACAAGGAGAAAAAUAUCCCUCAAAUGGAUCAAAUCGUAGGGCACACAAGAAACAAAAGUCAGAAACUGAGCAAUUUUGAUCAGUAUGGAGAGAAAAUAAUCUCUUUGACAAAGUGUGAAGGUGCUGUUUCAAAACUGAAGUCCCAAGAUGAUGUUGAAAUACAGGCUUCUUUUCAAAUAGACGAUGAGUUGGAAAGCUCUCAAGAAAUCAUUGACCUAGAGUGUGAUUCCCAUAUAGGUUCAAGGUGCUCUGAGGCAUCUUUCCAUGAAGAUCCAGAAAUAACCCUUGUUGAGGAAACCCCUGGCAUGGGUGAAUGUGGAGCUGCAGCUAGUCCAGGAUUCUUCUCAAAGGAUGGCAACUCUAGCUCAACCAUGAUGCAGGCCCCUAAUGAGCUUGCAGAUCAAGGGUUAGUCUCUUUGGUGUCUGUGACAAACCAAAGUGCUGCUCCAGACAAAUCUCAGUGUUCAAUGUUGGUUACUCCUGAAAAAGAGUUGACUAUAACUACCUGCAACCUGAGACCAGAAGUAGAGUCAUCUUUGAAUUUAAGUGUUAAUUCUCAUACACAGAAACGGAGGAAGUCCAUGGACUUGUCAUUAAUAAACCUUCAAGGAGAACAAUCUGAUACCUCCUAUGCUGAAACUCCUGGCUGUGUUAGUUUCACUAGAAGCUCAGUCACUAGUGGAGACACAAAUCGCAGGAUUGAAUUUGGUUUGGAGACAAACUGUAGAGAACGUCAAUCUGCCAAGCAUGCUUCUCCAUUGAUGCCUAAUUCUUGUGCCACUUCAUGUGCAUCUUCUGAUUCUCUCAUGGACAAGAGAUUGCAAAUUUCCUGCUCCCUCUGCAAAAGCCCAUUGGGUCGUCCUGAGAACAACCUGUAUGUUGAGUGCUCUUUGACUUCUUCAUCAAAGGUUCACCUAGCGUCUCUUGUGAAAGAAAGAAUGGAGCGUUGUGCCAAGAACAACUCAACAUGUGUACCAGUUCUCGUGACUGACAUCUCAUCAGUUGAUCAGCGUCUCUGCAAUAUUGCUCUUCAAGAUGCCCAGCAAAAAGGAGUCUGGAGUGAAGAAGAUGGCUGUGUUUUCAACUCAGUUUUUUGUCCCUUUUGCAGUAUGUCUAAUUGCCUUGGAGUGAAGAUCAUGGCAACAGAUGCAUCAAAUGUUCAGUUACUUAACAAAAUAUUAUUCUAUACUGAUUGUCUGGAAUUUCAGAAUCUUGAAGCAUCAAAGGACUUAGAACCUAUGGAUAAGGAUUUGUCGCCAGUAACCCGCACAGCCAUGGAUAAAACUGCCUUGUUGAACUCCCUUGAUAGAUUCUCAUAUUCCCCACAACCUAUUUCUGGAGGCUGGAGGACUACAAAGUCAAAGUUGAGACUACCGAAGAGAGACGUGCUUUCUAAUACGCAAGGUUAACAAUGACCUAGGGUUGGACAUUCUGAUUUCCACCUCUAACAGUCUUCUACAUGUGUAUAAUGCCAUGAAAAUCAUUACGGGCUAGAGCGAAAUCUAGCUUUUUCUGGAAAUUUAUAUCUUGGGACAAUUAUGGAUCAUCUUAAACUAAGCGCGUAACGGCUGCAACUGGAUUCUGAGUUAGGCUUCCCAGCUGCUACAUUGAUCAUGCAACUCUUGAUGGAUAAUUUCAUCGCCUCAGCAUCCAGUCUAUCGAGGAAAUAGACGUUGCAAUCCAAAGUAAUUGAGUUUGCAGGAUAAGACACUUGUUAUUUUGGUUGUAGAGAGCUUUUAUCCAGAGUGGGAUUAAUUGGUCUUGAUCAGGAUUUGUAUAUUUUUGGUGGGUGACUCGAUAUGUAUAUGCUGGCUUGGUCCUUGCAGCUUUUAGCAAUGAAAAAGACGAAGCUGAUAACUUGGUGAAUCA